AUGUCAGCAGUGCACGGCGAGGCGAGUGUGAACAAGCAGAGACGGGGGGAGGAAGAGGGUUCUUAUGUGCCGUUUGUGCCGAGAAAAACGGGUCAAGACGAUGCUCUAGCACCCGUCUUGGCGAAGCGCCUUUUCUGCAUGCCCAGACUUGGCCAAGACUGGCCAAGACAGAUGAGAACAAGUGGAGAGAAGUCUGGGGUUAAGAGAUUCAGCGAGAAGUUUAUUAGAGAUUGGGUUAUGCGUGCUACAGCGAGGACAGUACGGGCCAUGUCCCAAAACCUGGGGGAAACAUUGAGGCUCUGA